UCCUGUUGGAGAAAGUCAUGCAUGGACUCCUACAGAACUCCUGUGCAAUCCCCGAGGAGUCCCUGCCAACUCCCCAUUCACCGUUUGUUUUGUAGAUAGGCAAUAUAUAAAUAUAAUGUAGUUCUAUGAUAAAAUUUUAAAAGUUUUCUUCUAGUAAAUCAACAUUAAUGUGUCAACCUUCGAUGGGUGAUAUGUGCUGCAGCGGUAUCAGUGAUAGUAUCUAGCACUUAAUUACUAAUUAGUUACAUGAAAUUAAGAAGAUGGAUCAAUAGACCCACAGGGAGUCCCCAAGGACUCUCUUGAAAAUCUCUGAGAACUCCCCAGGGACUUCCUUAAGAAUCCCAUAGAACUCCUGCGGGAGUCUUGAGGAAUCCCUCUUGAAUCCCUUAAAAAUCCUCCAUAACACCACAGAGGAUCUUGCCGGGCCCCCGCGACAGGACUCCUGCUGACUCCUGUAGGACUUUUUUUCCAGGACUCCUGCGGGAGAUUAAUCAGGAGUCUCACUAGGGAGAGCGCUGCAGAAUUGUCCCAGACCCGAAUGUUUGGUUCAUUUAGCCAAAGACUGCUUUUUUCACUUAAGAAAUUUUUAAAAAUCAGUGGCAUCGAGUUAACAUCCAUCUUGAGCCUCGACGCAGUUUAUAUUUUGACGAGAUAUGCAUUGCUCAAUUUUGUAUGCCCAUACAUAAAAUUCAUGUUCAUUAGGUUUUCUCACUUUUUUGCCAAAAGCAAACAUUCGUACGAGAUUCAAAAUGAUCCAUCGACUUAUAUAAUAUUUCCUCGUAUGUUCAAGAGAGACUAUAAGGUUUUCAUGAAAGUUGAUGUAAAUAGACACGUUGGAUUUGCGUGAUUAUAUAGAAAACAUGUUAGACUAUCAUUUUUAUAUCGAUCAUGUUUGAAGGUUCAUAAAACAUAGUAAUUUUCCAAAUAUCUUCCAGAAAUCCUACUUUCUAUAAAAGAUUUUUAACUUUUGUAUUUUACAGAAAGGUCAAAAGCAUCAAACUCUUGGCUACAAAACUGCAAGAAUCACGCGUAGUGAGCAUUUUUCUAACAGCAGGCGAAAAUCAGAAUUUUAUGCUUGUAAACCAUUUUUCUUAUAAAUAAUUAUCAUUGCUUAGUCAUCUUUGAUGCUUUUCAAGAAAAAAUAAACAUUUUUUCAGAAAAAAAACAACCGAUCUUGCAGGUUGAAAACGAAAAAAUAUCGAUCGAUGGAUUCGAUCCAAAACUUAUUGUGUUAUAUAUGAUUCGAUACAACCUGAUACGCUGAUUCAGAAUAUGUUCUUAUUUUUUUCUUAAAAGUAUUUCUCAACGGAAGAACAUAGAUUUUACCUGAAAAAUUAGAGGACUUUUUGGCUAUGUUUUAUCGCGAUCUUUGACGCUGGGAAUCAAAAAUUUGAUUCUGUUAAACUGAACAUCUAUCGUUGUAUAUUUUACUGUCUUCGAAUCAGGAAAAUUUGCACUUUCGAUUUUUUGCUUAAUGUCCGCCUGGAUGGCCAUAGUUCUACAGCUGUCUUCAAUCCGACCUUAUUCAAAAUGGUCGCUCUUUUUCAAAGGAUUGUAGCAUUUUUAGGACAGUAAUACAUAACUGAUAAGUUUGAAUGUAUUCACUUAGGAAAACAAAAAAAAUCACAACUGACCAUAGGUUUUCCCUCACUUAUUCUAGAAAUUUUUUUCUCUGACCGUAACUAUUGGAUAUCUAAUUAUAGAUGAGCAAAGUACGGGAUAUAUAAAUCUGUGUAAAAAAUAGACUAAAAUAUAUAUUUUCUCUCGUGUCUAUGACGAAAUAUUACGCGAAAAGCAAAUGUCAAUUGAGAAUAGAUUGAUAAGUACUUUCUCAUUUGAAUGUGAGAAGCCUUACUAACUCAUUUAAAAUUGUCCAAUCAGACGAUGCUCAUUAUGGUCGUUGUAUUAGAUAUUAGAUUUAGUCAAAUUCACUGGACGCUAUUAAAAUCUCAUUAUUCAAAAUGGACUUGUGAAUUAUCUUGUCAAUGGUGGUGUAAAUUUGAAUUGUGACCUUCCCACUCAUCAUCAUUAUAUACGAGCACAAACACCAACACCAACAAAAAAAAAAAGAAAAAGUCAUACUAUUAUUACAUUUUAAUGUUUAUCUCGUGUUGGCUGUCGUGCAAUAAUACAGACAACUAUAUAUUCUUCUUGUUGAUGAAAUAAUGUAAAUCGAUUGUCAAGAGGUUAAGUGAAAGAGAGAAAAUAUUCAUUCGACUACAUUUCCUCUUUUUUUCAUAUUCAUUAAAUGAUGUCAUUUUACAACGUGAUAUAUACAAAACAUAAUGUUUGCAAACGCAUGUUGAAUGCCUAUUGCAUGAGUUUUAAAAUUAGAAACAAAAGAGAAUACGUUUCAUCAAUUGAUGAGAAAUACAUUCGAUUUUUUUAUUCGACAGUAUUCAACCGCAUAUGAUAUCAUUAAAAUAUCACUAGCUAAAAAAACGAAAUAUGUGAGACAAAAAAUUUUUUAAACUUGUCCACUAUAAUGAAAAUUAAGAUGAAUUUGAAUAAAGUCUGAGCCACUCAGUUUCUAUGAAGAUCUGAACUAUUUUACAGAAUAAAUAAGUUGUAGAUUAGAAAAGUAACGGUAUCUGCAAAACAUAAAAAAAUAGACAUUAUUAAGAGUUCUUUAGCGAUCUAAAAGAAAUAAGAAAAUGUACCGUAUGUGUGUAACAUCCAGUUUCUUUUUCUUCGUGAUGAACAUGCGAUAGAGUAUUAAAUGUUGUCGGUAGUUGAACGUUCUAUUUUUGGAUAUGUAUAGUUCGGUGUUGUGCAUUGAAGAUGAAAGACGUCAACAAUAAAGGAAUUAUCACUUGAUUUGUUCUUUAGUUAAAAGGCUGUGCACAAAAGCAUAAAUAACAACAAAAUAAAUGUCUUGUAUAACUUUAAAUUGAAAACCAUUUCAAAUUUGUCACACAACGUAGAAGAUCGAUUUGCUUUUUAUUGAAGAGAAAAGCAUGAAAUCCGUAUAAAAAAAAAUUCAUGACUAAAAAAACGAAUUGAAUCAUCAAAUAGAAAAAAAGAUGUAAAAGCUUUUUACGAACUUAUUCUCGGAGAGACAUUAUAUCCUUACUGAAACGGGAAGAGGAAGUGUAUCUAUUCUCCUCUUCAAAAAUGAUUACUUCAAUUUUCUGAUUUUUUUUCUUAAAAAUGAAGAUUUUACUUGUGACUGCAUCCACUAUGUCAUACAUCUUUUUAAAAAAGUGAGAUGAAAAUAAAAGAUUAUACCCUCUGUUCGUAACUGUGAUUGGACGAACAAUUUGAGAUCUAUUUUAAACUUUCACAGUAAAAACCUGUUGCUCUUUUUUUUUACUAAAAUAUGUUUUUUAAUGUAAAACUAACUCAGAUUAUAUUUUACUACGACUUAUAAAAAAAAUAGAACUUAUUCAGAAAUUUGCGUGUCGUUCUCCUUACUCCAAAUCACUUGAGGUACCGCUGAGAAAUAUCUGUUUAACAAUAAAUACAGUAGAAUACAAUUACCUUAUUGAUAGCUAAAUAUUAUAGAAAAUGAGUUUAUUUCGUGAUAAUACUUAAACGAGAGAAAAUUUGUUAAUUAAUUUAGAGAACAUAUAAAUAUUUACACGAUAUAAAGGGUAGUAAUAAAUAGUUCAUGAAAGACAAUUUAUUUGACAUUAGUUUAAUAGCCACAUUGAUUUGUUCUCAUUUGCUUACACACUUUAAAAGAAUAGAAUAAAUAAAUAUUUUGAGUAUGUGUAAAUUGAAACGGGCACCUAGACUAUAAACAAGAUGAUUCUGUUUUCUUAUUUGUUAUUUUAGCAUCAUCAUUGGAACAAAACACGUUAGAUAAAGAUCUCAAACGAAAGAGCAGUCGACCAACAUUUACCGGUCAUCAAAUAUUUGCAUUAGAAAAAAUGUUUGAACAAACGAAGUAUUUAGCCGGUCCCGAACGUGCUCGAUUAGCCUAUUCAUUGGGAAUGUCUGAAAGUCAAGUGAAAGUUUGGUUUCAGAAUCGUCGAACUAAAUGGAGAAAGAAACAUGCUGCAGAAGUCGUCGGUUCAAAACGUAAACAAGAUAGAGAAUCGCUUAUUACCGCAGAUUCUAACUCAAAUUCGGACUGA